AUGCAACUCAUCAGUGACGAAGAAGAGCUUAUCAACACAAAGCCUCGCUGUCUCUGGCCUGACGAUGGAAGAGACUACAACGCACAAGCACAGGCACAAGAGCAGGAAGACGACGACUACUACGAGGAGGACCAAUACGAACAGCAUGAAGACGAGUCAAGAGCCGAGUCUGAUGAACAACAUCACGACAGUCACGUCGGACAUGAGCAACAUGACAGCCCUCGAACACCUCCAGCAACCUCACCCAUACCACAUUCGCCCUUUUCGCAGAAUUCGGAGCACAGCGACUAUGACUACCGCGACCUUUCUCAUCAACACAUAAUCCAUCGAGGUUACAUCGCCGAAUCAGCUACCAUGGUCCAACACCAACACCAACCAGCGAGCACCCAGGAGGACGGUGAUUACACCGACGAAGACGACAGCGACCACCAUGUCGGACAAGACGAUACAAUGUACACGGCAUUGUACGACAGCAGCGACAAUGAGGACGCCUCGCCUAUGUACAGUCAGGAGAGCUCCAUCAACCCAUUCGAACAUAUACCCGACCCAGAGAAGGACUGGCUUAUCGCGCAAGAACGAGAGCGUCAACGCAUCGCCUCCAGACACAAACUCGGCAUCGUUGGCCGAGGCAUCAAAUACCCUAUCCCAGCAGACCUGCUGGAAGUCCCCAGCCCGACGACAACUUUUGGACGCACGACUCUCUGGCCGAUGCGAUUGGAAGUGCCCGAGUCGCACAAAUUGACAGUACCCGCCCAGCCCAACUUUUCCAUUGGCCCCGCCUUCAGUCGCGCAUCAACAUCGGCAUCUACGUCUGUAUCUGCAUCGUCAUCGGCAUCAUCAGCACAAGCACAAUCGCGGCCGGCACAGGUCAGCUCUGUACCUGAGGACAAGAAGAAGGGACGCGCCUCAACAUCGACAUCGACAUCGACAGUUGUUACUCGCCCAGCUCAACCCGAUGAGAUUCAGGCCAUUUAUGCGGCUAUUCUCGGACGCCGGAAUGCUCCCGAAAAGGAGCAGGAGGAGCGACCGCGUUUUCAGAGCGAGGGUAAAGACGCGCGACACAACAUCGUGAUCGCAACUGGAGGCAGUGGAAGCAGUCUUUACGGAAGCGAGGAGGAGCAUGAACCUGAAGAAAAGUUGGAUGUCCUGGAGGAGUUUGAUGAAGAAGUGACGCUCACGGCGGAGGAGCUUUUUCAAGAGAAGGUCGCCGAAUUGGGACCCUGCAAUUGUCCGACAAAACGCCCUGUCACAGCAGUCUAUGACUGUGAUGUAGAUGUAGCUGAGCAGGGCGAUUUCGCCAGUCUUCACAAGUGCGAGGUGUUUGAUGGACUAUGCUGGGGUGAGAAAAAACGCGAGCUGACGGUUGGCGUUUACUGGCUCCACAAGGGUGAGCGCAGCUUGAGAUGCCUUCAUAGGCGUUUCGACAAGUUCCAAUUGAUGGGGAACCUUGAUGCUGAAGAGAGAUCGCGGAGACUUCUACAGCUGUCGAUCUGUCAAAACAGCGCCAGCGAGCCUUCAACUCCUCAACUUUCAGUGGACACCGGCAGCUUCAGCUCUGGAUACUCAUCCUCCUAA